CCAUCUCUCUCUGUGUGUGUGUGUGACAGUGUGUGCGUCACAUUUCACACACACUCUCUCCCACUAUGGCCUCAUACAACUGCUCCGCCACAGACCUCAUCCUCCACCUCGGCCCCGCCGUCGCCAACGCCACCGCGGUCGCGAACGCAAUCUGCGGCGGCUUCUCCGACACCACGUACGCCAUCAACAACACCUACCUCCUCUUCUCCGCGUACCUCGUGUUCGCGAUGCAGCUCGGCUUCGCCAUGCUCUGCGCCGGCUCCGUCAGGGCCAAGAACACCAUGAACAUAAUGCUCACCAACGUCCUCGACGCCGCGGCCGGUGGCCUCUCCUACUACCUCUUUGGCUUCGCCUUCGCCUUCGGCACGUCCUCCAACGGCUUCAUCGGCCACCACUCGUUCGGACUCACCGGCGUCCCUUCGCCGGAUUUCGACUACAGCUUCUUCCUCUACCAAUGGGCUUUUGCCAUCGCCGCAGCCGGCAUAACCAGUGGUUCAAUCGCGGAACGGACGCAAUUCGUAGCCUACCUCAUCUACUCUACCUUCUUAACCGGGUUCGUCUACCCGGUGGUCUCCCACUGGUUCUGGUCCAGCGACGGGUGGGCCAGCGCGUCCCGUACCGAUGGCCACCUCCUUUUCAAAUCUGGAGUCAUCGACUUCGCCGGUUCGGGUGUGGUCCACAUGGUCGGGGGCAUCGCUGGUCUAUGGGGUGCCUUAAUUGAAGGCCCAAGAAUCGGCCGGUUCGAUCGAACCGGCCGAUCCGUAGUCUUACGAGGCCACAGCGCCUCGUUGGUCGUCCUCGGUUCGUUCCUCCUCUGGUUUGGAUGGUAUGGGUUCAACCCCGGCUCGUUUCUAACCAUCACGAAAACGUACGGGACUGACAGGACUUUUUACGGGCAGUGGAGUGGGGUCGGGAGGACAGCUGUCACGACGACAUUGGCCGGGUGCACCGCGGCGCUUACAACCUUAUUUAGCAAGAGGUUAUUGGCUGGGCAUUGGAACGUUACGGACGUGUGCAACGGUUUGCUGGGGGGUUUUGCUGCGAUUACCUCUGGGUGUUCCGUGGUGGAACCGUGGUCGGCUAUUGUUUGCGGGUUCGUGGCGGCUUGGGUUUUGAUUGGGUGUAACAAGCUCGCGGAGAAGUUCAAGUACGACGACCCGUUAGAGGCGGCGCAGCUCCACGGUGGGUGCGGCGCGUGGGGUAUACUCUUCACUGGGUUGUUUGCGAGAGAAAGUUAUGUGAGCGAGGUGUAUUCACCGGGGCGGCCGUACGGGCUAUUCAUGGGCGGCGGAGGGAGGUUGCUGGCGGCGCAAAUCAUACAGAUCUUGGUGAUCUUCGGGUGGGUCACGGUUACCAUGGGCCCACUUUUCUACGGGCUACACAAAUUGAUGCUGUUGCGGAUCUCAAGCGAGGAUGAGAUGGCGGGAAUGGAUCAGACGAGGCACGGAGGGUUCGCGUAUGUGUACCACGACGAAGACGAUCAAUCGACCAUACCCGGUUUUACUUUGAAGAGGAUCGAGCCCAUGAACUCGAGUUCCAUACAUGAUCGUAGCCCACCACCACCACCAAAUGAGGUCUGAAAAACUCAAGCCAAUGCUAGGGUUUUUCGGUGGGCCCCCCGUAAUUAGAAUAACGAUAGUACUGCACUAAAUUUGAGUUUAUAUAGAGGCAAGAAUAAACACAAAAAUCUAGAACCAACGGCACAAGUUGUUCCAGACACUUAUUUUAUUGUACGCGUAUGCCUAUGUUGGUUCUAACAAAAAUGGUAUAAAUAUGUGUGAUAGUGUGAGGUGCUUCUUAGACAAA